UGAAAGUCUUGUUCUUCAUCUGUUUGCAGUUCUUGUAAUGAAAUAUCAAAAGUCUAUUAAUAUGUUUGAAAAUAUCUGUUAAACAACUCUCUGCGUAAAUGUCUUCCAGAGAUUUUAAUGUAAUUAAAUGUCUUUUUGUCUUACAGUUCUGAUCUGCUUUCCUAAGUGAGCUGUGCUGUGUGGCUGGAGUGAACUUUCAAUAAUGAGUGGUGCAGCGUUGGGCCUUGAGAUAGUAUUUGUCUUUUUUCUGGCCUUAUUCCUACUUCAUCGAUAUGGAGACUUCAAUAAACAGCAUAGGCUGGUGAUCAUAGCAACAUUAUUGGCUUGGUAUCUUUGCUUUCUUAUUGUAUUUAUACUGCCUCUGGAUGUCAGUACGACUAUUUAUAAUCGGUGCAAACUUGCUGUUAACUCCAGCCCUGCAGAAAGUAAUGGAUCUUAUGUUACUCUUGCUCCAAGCAAGCAAAAAUGUUUCAAACCAUGGAGUUAUAUUCCUAAUGGAAUUAUGCCAAUUUUCUGGCGUGUUGUAUAUUGGACAUCGCAGUUUUUAACAUGGAUUCUGUUACCUUUCAUGCAGUCGUAUGCUAGAUCAGGAGGGUUCUCCAUUACUGGGAAGAUUAAAACUGCUUUGAUUGAGAAUGCAAUCUAUUAUGGCACUUACUUGUUGAUUUUUGGAGCAUUUUUAAUAUAUGUGGCUGUAAACCCAAACUUCAAUUUACAAUGGAACCAACUUCAGACUAUUGGGAUAGCUGCUGCAAACACAUGGGGUCUCUUUCUUCUUGUGUUGCUUUUGGGUUAUGGUUUGGUGGAAAUUCCCCGUUCUCACUGGAAUGGAGCCAAGAGAGGUUAUCUACUCAUGAAGACCUAUUUCAAAGCUGCCAAACUGAUGACUGAAAAAGCAGAUGCAGAGGAGAAUUUAGAGGAUAUCAUGGAGGAAGUCCGUAAAGUAAGUGAGAGUAUCAAAUAUAACCACCCUUUGAGAAAAUGUGUUGAUACAAUACUGAAAAAGUGUCCUACUGAGUACCAGGAAAGAAUGGGUAGGAACAUGGAUGACUAUGAAGAUUUUGAUGAAAGACAGAACAGUUAUCCAAGUGAAAAAAGUUUGGUGAAACUUCACAAGCAGGUAAUCUAUUCAGUACAGAGACAUCGUCGUACACAGGUGCAGUGGCAGAUUCUUUUAGAACAAGCAUUUUACCUAGAAGAUGUGGCAAAAAAUGAAACCAGUGCAACUCGACAGUUUGUUCAUACCUUUCAUUCCCAGGAACCAGAGAAUAAAAUUAUUCAAUAUUUCUACACACCAACUGUUGAGUGGUACUGGGAAUGUCUUCUACGACCAUGGUUUUACAGGGUGCUUGCAGUUGUUCUGGCCACAUUCUCUGUAAUUGUUGUAUGGUCAGAAUGCACGUUUUUCAGCACAAAACCAGUUUUAUCGCUAUUUGCAGUUUUCAUACAGCUGGCAGAAAAGACAUAUAAUUAUAUAUACAUAGAGAUGGCAUGUUUUCUUACCAUCUUUUUCCUAAGUAUCUGUGUUUACUCUACUGUCUUCAGGAUCCGUGUAUUUAACUAUUACUACUUAGCUUCACAUCAUCAGACAGAUGCAUACAGUCUCCUUUUCAGUGGCAUGUUAUUUUGCCGUCUUACUCCACCAUUAUGCUUGAACUUUUUGGGCUUGACCCAUAUGGAUGCAACAAUCUCUCACAAAAACACUCAGCCAACUGCUUAUACAUCUAUAAUGGGAUCCAUGAGAGUGCUGUCCUUCAUUGCAGAUGGAUUCUAUAUAUAUUACCCAAUGCUUGUUGUCAUUCUCUGUAUUGCCACAUACUUCAGUUUAGGAACUCGUUGUUUGAAUCUUUUGGGAUUCCAGCAGUUCAUGGGGGAUAGCGAAAUGACAUCUGAUUUGAUUGAUGAAGGAAAAGAGCUAAUCAGAAGAGAGAAAAGAAAACGACAAAGGCAAGAAGAAGGUGAAAACAGAAGAAGGGAAUGGAAGGAGCGAUAUGGAAAUAGAGACGAUUCCACUAGAAACAGAGUUGUCCACACGGACCAAAAAGAAUCCAGCUUCUCAGAGGCCAAUACUAAUAGACCACUAUCAAAAUACACGCGAUCAAAUGGUAGGACUGAAAGAGAUAGAAUAGAACUCCUCCAGGAUGCAGAGCCUUUGGAUUUUAACGCAGAUUCAAUAAAUGAUGACCCUCUUGAAUCGGACUCAGGAAGGUACCAGCCUGGUGGAAGAUACCUAUCAAUGUCUCGAAGCAAAAUAUUUGAUGAUGUCUAAACACCUGAAAGCUAAAGAAAAGUCAGUGGAAAUCUAUUUCCUACUCAUUGCUUGGAAAAUACUGUAUUUAUGAUACAUCACUGAACCAGGAAAGACCAUUUUUGUUUAAAAAAAAAAAAGAAUACGAAGGAACAACUAUUUUGGAAAUGCACCUGUAUGAUAACUUUACUACUUAUGACAAGAAUAUGCUUCUUCUAGUGUAGGUAUUGUUGUGCAUCAGUGUGGGCUUUUGUGUCAUGACCAAAAGGAGAAAACUAUUAAUUCAGUUAAUAGAGGGUAAACUUCAUAAAUAUACCUAGGGCUCAACUUGAACUGUAACAUUGUGAGUUUAGGAAGGGGAUUUUUUGGAAGGAUUUUUUUUUGUAUUUUAACAGAUGCUAUGAGAGCAUCUUCAUGCCUGCAAAGUGCAGUUAUAUCAAUUACUACAGUAAACACUUUAUAGAAUUUUUCUAUUUGAACUUUAUGCCUAGUCCAAAAUCUACUGAAUUAAAUUAAGGCUUCUUUUGGCUUCAGUGGUGUGUGAAUCAGACCCUGUAUAAGCAGAAAGAUUGAAUGGCAGGCUGUUCUUCAUAAAAUCAUAAAACACAUGCUCCAGUAUUUAAAGGGUGGCUACAAAGAAGGUGGAGGCUCCCUUUUUAGCAAGGAGUCACAUGGAAAAGACGAGUGGUAAUGGAUACGAGUUACUCCAGUUAGACACAAGAGGAAAAUUUUUCACAAUGAGAUCAAUCAGUCAUUGGAAUAAUCUCUCCAGGGAAGUGCUGGAUUCCCCAGCAUUGGACGCUUUUGAGAUUCGGCUGGACAGGGUGCCGGGCCAUAUUGUCUACAACAUGCUUUUGCCAAGAAAGGUUGGACCAAAUGAUCCUUGAGGUCCCUUCAAACCUGGUAUUCUAUGAUUCUAUGAAAUUUGGUGGCAUAAACUUUGGAGCAAGGUGUAUUGGUCAAGAGAAGCUUUUUUUUUUUUUUUUCUUUUCCAAGAGUAUAUGGAGAUAAAUGAUUUUAGCAUGUGUAAAUAGUUGAAAUUGAAUAUGGACCAGAGUUUCACUGUCAUAUGACCAUAUGUGCAAUAGCAAGAAUACGUUAUCGAAGAUACAAUGACUGCUUAAGAUUUUUACAGUUGUAACAGUUGAAAAUCUUGGCAUACUAAUGUUUUUGUAACUGUAAAAGAAAUAUAAUGUGAAAAUUGAGUUAAAUGCUGAAACAUUGUAAUUUGCACACACCUCAGGCACGGCUUCAAAUUGUAGAGUAUUUCUUUAAAAAAAGGGAAAUACAUAGCAUGACUAGAUAAUGGUAAACACUUUCAAUGUCCCAACUGCCCUGGCUGCAUUAUGUAUCUGUUUUUAAGGUGCCUGCAUUUUGCAGUAAGUUGUUGCAAAAAGAGUAAUGCUUAUCAUUUGAAUGCCAUUCAAAAAUGCCAAUUAUUAACACUGUAAAAAAGCUUCACAUUAAUUUCAUUGCUGUAGAUGUAUUUUUAAACUGUAGUUAGUUGAAUGAAUUUUCAAAUGUAAUCAUAAGGUACAAGAUGUGGUCAAAUUCAUUGUAUCUUUGGAAAUUUGGUUAAUUUAAAAUGUUCCUUUAUUGCAGUUUGUCUUAAGUCUUUACCACUUGGGAGUUCUCUUAUGUGCUUAUUGCAAAGUUAUGUUGAAAACUGAAAGAGAACAUGUUUCUAUCAUAAAAUCUUUAUCGUGCUUAAAAAACAGAUGUCCUUUAAAGCAGCUAGGAAUUAGUUAUUCUGAAAAGUAAAUCUUCAUCAAUGAGGUGUUCUACUAAUUUUUAAAAAUAGCCUUUGAUUUCUGAAGUAAUUGUUAAUGGGGAUCUGACUACCUCCUGUGAUUUAGUACAUCAUGCAUUCUAACAGUAGUGGUAUUUGUAAUAUAUUGAUCUGCCUGUUUUAAAACACUGAAUUGUUACUAUGAAGGAGAAAAAAUACUCUUAUUUGUAUAGAAAUAAUUAUAUUAAUAAAUUGGCAGACAUAAAAUAAUUGUCAGUUCUGUUUUUAGGUGAAUAUGCUGAACGAUUCAAGCUCAUGCAAUUUCCAGAUUACCUGUAAGAGGGUUUUUAGUUUGGGUAUUUUGUGUACUGUAAAAGUUUCAUCAAAAUCUUAUGGCUGUAUAAAGGACUGGAAGUUGAGAAAAUGAGACUCUUUAUUCAGAUAGUUCUUUAGCAACUUUCUGUUAGCACCUAUUAUUUUAGAUCUACUGAGAAAUGCUAUCCUGAAUUCAGCCUUAUAUGUGAAAGGGGUUGUAUAUGUCCUUGGACAUCCCUCCACAUGAAUAUUCUUUGGCUUGAUAUUUCUAUUUUUAAAAUUUAUCACAUUUAAUUGUCCAGAAUUUUAUUUGUAAAAAUCUUUGGAUGAAAUAAGGUUCAAGUACUUCAUUUAACUCUUGAAAUGCCAGUACAAAGGGAUCUAAUUCAGUGCUAAUAGAAAAAAAAUAGAGAAGGAAUGUGUGGUUUUUUGAAUGCUUGUGAAGUAUCCUUACCUCACUCCUGCUGACUUCAGAGUUGGAUCGAGCCUUCCUAGGGCCUGGUUUUCUUAGAAAUCAGUGGAAUGGUUACAAACAGAAUUUUCAGUGGGAACUUGGUCAGGAUUUUAUAUACAAAAGCUAACUAGUCCCUGGUGUAAGCCUUCUGUGCAAUUCUUGUUGGGAUACGUUAAUUGGAGGAGUUGACCGUAUAAAUUAAUGGCAGUGGGAAUUCAGUUGCUAACAUAGAAAUUCUGAGCUCAUUGAGGUGGGAAUCCACUGACCUUUUUUUGAUGUUGGGGUGGAGUAAUGGAGUAAGCAGUGGCUGCUUUUCGAAAGCAUGGGAAUUAGAGCUCUGAAAAUAUCUCAGAGAGUUCUCCUCUGGAUUGCACUUGGAGAUCCCCGGUGUCACGUGCUCCCUGGAUGCUGGGUGUUUAAGUAAAGAGUUGGUAAGUGAAGUCAGGUUUCAUCCGUAGUGUUUGUUGCUGACCAACAUUUAGUUUUGCUCAAAUUAUGUGCAGUUUGUAGGCCAAUUGAUCUAAAGUGUGUUUUGAAAAGGUUAUGGGUUCAUAUGACUGAAUCCAGAAGACUUUCAACAAGGAAAUACAGAGUACAACUAUAAAAGGACAUUGUAGAAAUAAGGGAUAUGCCUGCACAUCAUUUGCUGUGUACUUCAGCUAGUUUUAAACUAGUUUGGCUACUGCUAGUACAAAUAAUGCAGACCUUGUCUGGGGCCUAUGUGCCUAAGGAUUUACCCCACUCCAGAGAGGGGGUAGAUGCCCCGUUCCUGGAAACACUCAAGGUCAGGCUGGAUGGGGCUCUGAGCAACCCAUCCAGUUGAAGAUGUCCCUGCUUGUUGCAGG